ACUGCCUUCAAUGGUCGAUGUAACGUGGACGUAAGCUGUCCUGGUCCAUCUAACGCAGUUCAUUACCUCUUUGAUCUCAACGACCUCCAACCGGUCAUCACUCGGAUGUCGUCGGCCAUUCCGAUCGUCGCUCCGACGGCCGGCACGGAGCAGGCAGUCGACAGGACGGCGCGUCCAGCCAAGAAGGACCAGCUGCAGCGUCGUACACAGUGUCGUAAUGAGCUCAUAUACGGCUCGUGUAAAUUCGCCGACAACGGCUGUCCAUUCUACCAUCCAUCUAAAGACAGUUCUGUUUCUAUCGCCACUUCUCCGGCACCUCUUGUUGCCAAUUCGAACCCUGCAACGCCUGCUCCGAAAGAGAUGCCUGCAGGGCCCUCAGCCAACAACACCCCGUCCAAAGGAGGAAGCGGAUUGGGGGGUCUCUCCGCAACUGUUAAUGCGCCCAUCUUCGUACCCAAGGGCUUUCCUUCUAUGCUAGCUGGCCAACCCUCAACCCCCACAACGAGCACCGCGCCCAGUACUUCCCCAGAGUCCACAAAGACUACUCAGCCCACUGAAUAUGACUACGGAGAUGACUUUCACUUCGACUAUCUGGACGAUACUCCGUAUACCAAGGCACCUGAGAUAACAGCGCUGGCGCCUCCUUUUGUUCCAAGCUCACAGCAGGCAGUCGAGUCCUAUCAUCCUGGCAUGGAUCCAUACGCGCAUGAAAUGAAUCCAUACUAUGCGGAACAUCCCUUAUAUCCGCGGCAACCUCUACAAUAUCACCUCUACAACCCACCUUUGCCUUAUAUGACCAACAUCCCUUCGUCGGCCAAUCCAUUCUUGGCGGACGAUGUCCGGGAAAUGCUCCAGCGGCGAUCUGAGGCCAUUAUGGAAACUUCGACAGUUGACUACAAACUACCGGAUGAGCUUCACGUGUAUCACUCUCUGGUUCCCAUCGAGCCACCAGGAGAGACUAGGCAUCCCAGGGUCUUCCAGUGGCCCAGCAUAUCAUACAAAGCCAUUAGCGCCAAAGACGGGAGACCAUACAUUCUUCGAAGAUUCGAAGGAUUCCGCUUGAUGCAUGAAGCCGCCUUCGCAGCGAUCUCUAUUUGGAACCAAAUCAAGCACCCUGGCAUUGUAACGCUCUAUGAGGCCUUCACCACAAGAGCAUUCGGUGACAGUUCACUUGUAUUCGUUUUUGACUACCACCCGAAUUCCGAAUCGCUGUACAUGGCACAUAUCAAGCCGAAGCAACCGCCAGCGAAGGUCGGAAGGUCCCAGCUUCAUGCACCCAUUCUUCCCGAAGCUGUUAUGUGGUCCUAUGUGGUUCAACUUGCAGACGCCAUGCGAGUUGCCCAUUCCCAUAACUUGGCCCUGCGGACACUGGAACUCACGAAAGUGCUGCUGACCGGAAAAACUCGGGUUCGGGUAAAUUGCUGUGGUGUGUUCGAUGUGUUAAACUUCAAUCCUGCGCACAAUGUGAUUGGAUUCCAGCAAAACGAUUACAUGAACUUUGGCAAGCUCCUGCUGGAGUUGGCCUGUAAUUCGACUGCUGCUGCCACCAACCUUCCAAAGUCAAUGGAUAUGGUGUCCAAGCGGUACUCGCCCGAUCUCACGAAGCUCAUUCUUUACCUCAUUAGUCCAGCGGGUCCACCGAAGAACCUUGACAAGCUAUUCGAAUAUAUCGGCAGUCGCAGGGUUCUCGAGGAGUUGGAUACGGUGUCAAACUACUCAGACUCGCUUGAGGGAGAAUUGAUGAGCGAGCUGGAGAACGCUAGGGUGGUGAGAUUGAUGAGCAAACUUGGAUUCAUCAAUGAGCGCCCAGAGUUUGAUCAUGAUCCUCGUUGGUCGGAGACUGGAGACCGCUACAUCAUUAAACUUUUCCGUGACUAUGUCUUCCAUCAGGUAGAUAUCCACGGUAACCCCGUGGUCAAUCUCUCCCAUGUCCUUGUUUGCUUGAACAAGCUUGACGCGGGUGUGGACGAACGGGUAAUGCUUGUCUCGCGCGACGAACAGAGCUGCCUUGUGGUGAGCUACAAGGACAUCAAAUCGGCGAUAGAAACAGCGUUCAGCGAUCUUUCCCGAGCAUCUGUUUGAUAACAUGGGUAUGUAGACUAGGCAUUGUUCUCGGGUUCUCGUCUUGCAACUGUAGCAACAAUAGCAAUCAGGGAGAUUGUAC